CCCUUCCCUCCCAUUUCCUCCCCCUCCCCCCACAUCUGACACAAUUGCGCUCUCCAACUCCCCUUGUAUCUCCCACUCUCCAGUGUCUCUGGAGUAUUGACAGCGCGGUGUAGACGUGGUCGCAUCGACCCUCCCCCCCCUCCAAGACAGCCACAAUGGACUACUCCGCCAUUUCGCACGACCCCGAUCAUCCUGCAGGCACCUCGCCCUGGGCCUCGCCUCGACCAACGCAAACUACUUUUUCUGCGACGGGCGACAUUCCGUCGUCUCCAUUACCCUCGCAAGAGCAUUCUCCUUUCGGCGCUGAUAGGGAGCCGCAGUCUGCCGAGGGAUCGGGCGCCAGAGAGGAUGGAUUCGGCUCCCCUAAUCUGUCUGGUCAACUGCAAAACACACACCUUUCUGGUCCCAAUUCUGGAGAGCAAGCAUCGCAUGGUGCUCAACAGCAACAGCCGCAAGGUCAACAGCCUCGUUCUCAGAUUCCAGCCCGUUACCAGACCGGACCCAGACAGAAUGCCCGACCGCCCGCCCCAGCGUAUAGGAUACAAGCGAAGAUCACGGGGCUAGAGCGAACCGGCAAGAAGGAUCCCAUUCUGCGCUUCGAAGUUCACACCAAUAUUCCCAAGUUCAGGACUACCCAAUACCGUGAUGUGCGACGCACUCAUAGCGAGUUUGUGAAGCUUGCCGAUCAUCUCAUCUCUGCCAACCCCGAGACUUUUGUCCCUGCCGUACCAUCUCCACUGACUCCAGCCGGCGCCGGAACCGAGGAAGACGAAAUGCGGGUUAAAGCCUCAAUGCAGCGGUGGCUGAAUGUGGUUCUCAGCAACGAGGUCCUGAUUCAUGAUGACGAGGUGGUCUUAUUUGUCGAGAGUGACUUUGGUUACAGCCCUGUCGUGCGCAUGAAGCAGCCGGCCACCGGCGUUCGACGGAAGGUCUUGAAGCAGUUCGCGCCCCCUCCGGAUGACACCCCGGAACUACAGAACGCCAGACCUACCGUCAAAAUGUUCUACUUGGGUGCUAUGGAUGCCAGCCACAAGGUUGACCGUGUGGUUAAGGGGCGGAGAGGAUUGGGACUUGCUGAAUCCGACUUUGGCGUUAAGAUGGGCCAGAUGCAUGUGCAGGAGACGCACCCGGGACUGGCCAACGCGUACCGGAAGCUCGGAAAGAUCAUCCAAACAGUUGGAGAUUUCCAUGCGGUUCAGGCAACCGCUGAGGCUACUACUCUGGGAGAUCCCCUCAGCUACCACUCCUCGGAUGCCUUUAUAGUCAAAGAGACUCUUACGAACCGUCAUAUCCUGCUGCGCGAAUUGAUCCAAGCUCAACAGGUUACCCGCAGCAAACGUGCUGCAGCUGACCGGCUCAAGGUCAGCUCCUCGGUGCGUCCCGACAAAGUCGAUGAGGCUAUCAACGCAUUGGAUGAAGCGCAAAACCACGAGGACUAUUUGACUAAGAGAACCCAGCGAGUCACGUCGAACUUGCUGCUGGAGAAGCAACGCUGGUUCGAGCGGACGUCGAGUGACCUGCUCGCCAGUCUGCGGGAGUAUACUCUACGCCAGAUUGAAUCGGAGCGCCGCACGCUGGCUACUCUCGAGAGUGUUCGACCCGAUAUCCGAGCCAUUGAUGCCUCUGGAGGACUAAGCCGCCUAGGCCGCGAAUCUCACCCCGCUGUCCGACGGUCGAAUUUGGGCUCGAGCCAAGGUCCUAAGGGCGACGCAUGGAGCGGAAUUCCCCGUCGCAGCGACAGUCUUGGCCGGAGCAUGAGCGGCAGCUUUGUUGCGCCUCCGCUGGACGAUGACGAAGAAACGAAUGGCAGCGGGAGUGGCAAAGGACGGUUGCGGUCUGCCAGCGGAGUGAGCUCGAUUGCUGAGGAGGAUGAUGAGGAUCGAUUGGACGCGCGAAACGCAGCUAGUCGUCUAGCCACGAGUACCUUCUAGUGACUCUUGUAAAUUAUGUGUGCGAGAUUCCCCUUUGACCAUGACUUUUUCUGUUCCUGUCCACUGUUGCAGCAUGUUUGUAUGAUGUCUUGAGUAUGCGACCAUAG